CAUUCGACAUGAACGAAGUGAUGGUAAGUUAUUUUGGUUUUAGCUGUCAUUUUUGAUCUUGGCUAAGUGCAGAGUUCUAACACGAGGUUCACUCUCUUUUGGUAGAUAUUCCUGACAUGAUUAACCGAGACUUCUAUGCUUACAGCGGUGAUGAGCUACCGCAAGCAGAAUUCGAGACUCGAUUCGAAAGUUUUCAAGGCCAGAACAAUAACGUUCGUGCUAGAUAUGUUUCCUCUGAUUUUAUCAGAGAUUCGCUGAACGAAAUGGCGACCCUUGAGUCAAUUUUUGUCAAGGAAGAAAGAUCAGAUGGUAGCUUUUCGUCGAUGACAAUAGACGACGAGAAGACGGAAUCGGAACCUACGAGCUUUAAUGCCGUCGUUGAUCUUUGUGGAAUCUUCAAGCGAUCGUCUAUUCAGGAUGUUUGCGCUUGCAUUCGGCAUCAUUACGGGCCUGAUCGCUUCCAUUACCUGUAUCACAUCGAUCAGUCAGAUAACAGCGACCGUGUACUCUGUAUCAAAACAGGGAACGAUGUGCAGUAUGACGAAGAAUUUUACAAGCACCUUUGCAAGACCUACGGCGCCGAUUUAAGAAACCACAUAUUCUUUUUUGUCGAUAACCGUAAUGUUAUUGGUAAGGAUAUUCCUUUCCAACUCGAUUAUCAACGCCAAUAUGAUAAGGGUCUUUUUAUGAAGAGUAUCGUUAUCGCGCACGACGUCGAUGAUUUCAGUAAGAUAUGGCAAGCAAUGGGACGUUCUCGCACAAUGAAUCGAACAUAUUUCACUAUUUACAAGAGCGAUAUUCCUGACGGAAUGGACGGCGAAGGAGGAGCAACCAACAACAUUAGAGAAUUGGAAUUGACUCGACUGCUUUAUGUCACAAAUUGUGACCGGAAGAUGGCAGGCAAUAUCUCGUCUAUCUAUCUAACACUUAUCGCCCUCUUUAACCUAUCCCUCGGAUCUUUUUAUCACAAGGAUGAAAUUGUCAACACCUUCCUAGAAAAGAUGGAAAUGAGGAUUGCGAAAAGCGUAUCAAACCUAGAAGAGCAGCUCGUGCAUAAUGUCCUCGGAAAGCCCGUUCUUUCCCAUAUACUACAAAAUAUCCUCGUUGAUAAGUUCAAUAAAAGUCCAAACAAAGCGGUGUCAGGUUGCAGCAGAAGACUCCAAAGUGAUGUUCUUGAAAAUAUUUUACGCCAAAUUGUGAACCAAAAGUUUGAGCAGCGAGUAUCUUCAGGUGACGUAUAUGAUCAACUUAUACUUUUUCUCUCGGGUGAGCAGCAAAGCCUCAUGGAGAUAAGCUACACAAAACAACAGCAGAAACAAAAACAACGCCAGCAAAAUAAGAACCAAGACAGCGACGCAAUGGGAAUAUUCAACGAAAGGCAUCAGCUCCCUUUGAGUUUCACUACUACUGACUACUUCCACUGUACUCUCAGUGCAAGGAAGGACAAGACAAAACAUAUUUUGAACCAACCGAUACCCGUUCCGAUACUCUCAGUUGCAUACAAACUGGGCAACUGCAAGGGCGCAAUCAAUGUGUAUCCUACAUUGCAGUUCCUAUACUCACACCACAUACACCAAGAAUAUAUCAGUGACGAAGUCAAGAGUGCAGCUACCGAUUUCAAAAAUUCUAGCGCUAAGGAAUCUUUUGAAAUGUUCUGCGAGAAAGCUGAAAAGGAUUACAUAAAAUCAAAUUCUUCUGAUACACACGAGAAGUCGCCGUCGUCUAACAUUAUUGAGGGUGAACUAUACCAGAUUGAUGUGAAAACUAAUUUUGUUGGUCCGAGCCCUCAAUAUACGAUUGCCGCUUUAAGACAGGGGGUGUACGUUAUUGGUAUGAAGGAUCAAUUUAAUGUUCACGACAUCGAAACAAAUCUUAUGCAAAAGCGUGUCCAAUACGUUAUGGACGAAAUGGGAUUUGUUCUAUUCGAUCGUACUGGAAACAAGAAUGUUGAUACUUUUGGUCCAUACUUCGUCGAGCAGUACAUGAUAAUGGACAUUCUAUCAAAACAAGAGGUUGCCCAAAAUGUUCUUGAUUACUACUCUAAACAAAAGGAUACAAUUCAACGAGGACUUGACAGCUACACCGAGAAACAAGGUAAAGGUUUUGUCUGCUGGCGCUUCCUUAUCAACGAGACGGCAAAGGCCAUGGCCAAAGAACCAAAACUCUGUGGCGACGGAGAUGAUGUCAUGGAUACCAACGAUAAUGAGAACGACAUCGACACAAUGCCCAGUGGGAGUAAGCGUCGACGUUCGAAUAGCAAUGAAACUGGUGAUUUCUCAUUAUAGUUGACGUUGUUCGGAAUUGACGGAUUAUAAUUUGAAAGCAAAGUUUUCCGUCGUUUAUACCGGUUGGAAAGCCAUACACGAAUACUUAAAGAAGUGCACAGCGAUAAAAUGAUAACCAAACG